AGUGUGACGUAGGGUCGGUGUGGUAGAGAGUGUGCCUGUAUGGAGCGGCAGAAAGUUGUAGACUACUGAAUGAAAAUAAACUUGUUUGAGAAGAUAGCCGCGAGGGGUUAGAGCAGUACUCUUCGUCCGAAGACAAGAUGGAUCCCGCCCUGCUGAGGGAGAGGGAGCUUUUCAAGAAGAGAGCUCUCUCUACACCGGCUGUGGAGAAGCGGCCUGCAGCUUCUGAAUCCUCCUCCUCUUCCAAGAAGAAGAAGCCAAAACAAGAUCGCGACAGCUCCGGAGGCUCCAAGCACAGUGCAGGUUUAGUUGACACCAGCAAUGGCUCCUUUAACUUGAAAGCAUUAUCUGGAAGUUCAGGGUAUAAGUUUGGAGUCCUGGCAAAAAUAGUGAACUACAUGAAGACGCGGCACCAGCGAGGAGACACGCACCCCCUAACCCUGGAGGAGAUCCUGGAUGAGACCAAGCUUCUUGACAUUGGCAUGAAGCAGAAGCAGUGGCUUAUGAAUGAGGCCCUUGCGAGCAACCCAAAAAUUGAGGUGCGUGAUGGAAAGUACAGUUUCAAGCCCAAACACAACCUGAAGGAUAAGAAGGCUCUCCUGCGGCUACUGGACAAGCAUGACCAGCUGGGCCUGGGGGGUGUAUUGCUGGAGGAUGUCGAGGAGGGGUUGCCCAAUGCCCACAAGGCCAUUAAGGCUUUGGGCGAUCAAAUCAUCUUUGUGACGAGGCCCGACAAGAAGAAGAUUCUCUUCUACAAUGACAAGCACUGCCAGUUUGUGGUGGAUGAAGAGUUUCAGAAGCUGUGGAGGAGUAUUCCAGUUGAUUCCAUGGAUGAGGAAAAGAUUGAGGAAUACUUGAAGAAGCAGGGUAUCUCCUCUAUGCAGGAGACAGGACCAAAGAAAGCGAUGCCCAUGCAAAAGCGGAAGAAGCCCGGCACCCAGAAGAAGAGACGCUUCAAGACACACAAUGACCAUCUCGCUGGAGUGCUUGAAGACUACUCUGAAGGGGUUCCCAAGAAGUGACCCAAGCAGACGCACUGCUGACCAGCAGGGGGAGCUGCUCGUUAAUAAUUUGACAAGGGUCUGUAACUGAAAGGUCAGGAAGACAAGGGGAGGCACUCCCUCCAAAUGUAACCUUGGCCAGUGCCGUUUACUUACACUUUAUAUACCGUACAUAAAGUAAAUCUGAACCUGUGUAAAUAUUUUUUUUCUUUCAUUCGUUUUGUUUUAAAAAUGACUAGCAAGAAUUUCAACACUUUUACCAAGGAAACCUUGUUAAUG